GUGUUUGUGAUUGUUUCAGAAAAUUAUAAAAACACCAAAUUUUAUAUACUCAAAACCGAAUGUCUCGUUUCACGUCGACCUACGCAGCAGCUUACCCGGCCCCGGAUUGUGGAGAGCGCGAGGACAAUGAUCGGAGCAACAUGGUUAGCCUCCAGGAUGAAGGCGUUUGCAAGAAGUGUAAACGCAAGGUAGCCAAGAGUUGCUGCCCAAACCCUUCCUGUUGCUCUAAGUGGAGGGAACCUGCGCCGAAACCACAUCCGGAAGUGCCUUGUCAGGACGUCCAGUGUGGCUGCUCUCUUUGCUCUCAAAAGCAGUGCAAUGCAAUGCCGAUUAAUAUUCCGUGCGGCGUACCAAUGUCACCAGGGCAGUUUCCUAUUCAGUAUCAGCCGAUGAUGUUUCCUCAGAUGAUGCCGCAACCAAUCUUCCAGAUGCCUCCAACAUCCCCGACAGUUUUUUCCAACUCUUGUAGCAGUUGCUCGUCGGGUGAUGAAUGUUGCUCCGAAUGUUCGCAGAAACCAAGGAAAGAUCCCUGCUGUAAUCUUCAUCGGGUGAGGGCAGAGCAAGCGCGACUUCAUGAUUACAAAUGCUACGAGCCCAAGUGCCAGUGCAAGAGGCAAUCUUGUUCUACGUCCUGUGAGCCCAUCGAGUGCAACUGUUGCCGGGUAAGGAACGACGAUCCGGAAGUUCGACAUGGCAUGAAAAUGCAUUUCGAAACAAUCGAUGAACAUCAUGAACGUAGAUUUUAAAGAGCAACGUUUUAUCACGAAAGUAGGCGAUGAUUGAUCGAAACUGACAGUUGAGUCUGUAAAUAUUUCAGCACCAUUUUGAAACAUGAACCGUCCAAAUCUCAAGUGUUGCGAAUCGGAAGGAACGUUUGGAGCGCCUUCUACCGGAAAUAAAGCGAAGCCAGAACUCCCGGAACACCGCAAACGCUAUCAGCAGCAGAUGGAAACGACCUUGCCCACGGUUCACAACAUCUUUGUCAACCGAACUUGCCCCAAGCGACCGGUGGAUGUUUUGACACCGAUGUUCGAUUACGGAGAGAACACCGGAAGAAAGGUACAGGUCAUUCAACCCAACGGGCAACCUCCUCGCUGCCGAUGUGGAUGUAAAUUACCGUGAAACAAAUUUGAAAAAAAAAACUCCUACAAAACAUGGAAUAAAGCCGCUCCAAACGUUAAUUUUCUGGUUUUGA